AUGGCAGGACUAUUCAAAGAAGAAAACGAAAAUGUAUAUAGAAAGUUUAUUGCCCAGGUCCGGCAAGCCGGGUUUGUUCGGGUGGUCUGCGUGUCCAGAGAAGUAGACCACUUUGCAGCUCUUUUUUCUUUGCUCACCAUACUGGAGAAGGAGCUUAUAAAGCACGAGGUGGUGUGGUCUGCGCAUAGCAAGGGAGAGGAGCGUGUUUUUGAGGUGGGCAUAGGAGAAGGAUGUGCCAUUGAAAACGGCGUCGUUAUAGGCGCUUGGGCGGAAAAGUGCCCGAAGGGGGUCAUGGUUAUGCACGAGGGCAGCCUUGCGCAAACCGUGUUUGCUCUGUGCAAAAGCUUGGGGCAUCUGACUCCAGACUGUCUUUGGAGCCUGUGCGUGUCCAUGUACGAAAGAACGUGCCGAGAAGAGGAAACCGGGUGGGACACGCUCAUACGGAAGGACCUGGAGAAGGGCCAGGCAGAGGAAGAAGAGUUUGGAAGCAGCGAAGAGAGAGAAAACGUGUGCCCAGAAAUGCGCGCGCCACAAGGGCUCCACAGGGAUCUGUAUGCAGAGGUUGGCAGGCUGGAGAGAGACGACAAAGAAAAGAUGUCUGUGCAGAUAAUAAACAGUGUUUAUUUUCCAUUUAGCCGGUGGAGCACAUUGUACGAGGCUCUUAUUAACGACUUUGCGAUUAUAGAGGAGCUUGGGCUUUUUUUCCGGAGAAAGCACACAAAGCACUGCCUGCUUGAAAACGCGGAGUACCUGCUCAACCAGUUUCUUGCCCGGCUGGGAAUGCCCGUUGCUGCUGCGCAGAAGGCGUCCCUUGGCAGCCUUGUAGGCCCUGCCCAGAAAAUCGCCCAGUGCAGCUUCAACCGAAGAAGCGUGUAUUUCAAGAACUACCAGUACAACAGCGGGUUUUCGCACAUCGAGGCCUUCUACGCAAUCUGCCAUCUGAUAAAAAAACAGGCGUUUACAGAGGCGGUCUUUGCGUUUAGAAAUAUAAAGUUUGUGUCUGCCGAAAACGGCCUGCGCGAGUACAGGAGGGUGGUGCACGACAUUAAAAAGUGCGUGGAAAGGAGAAAGGUUCUGCGGGUCAAUGGCGUGGGGAUAGUGCUCAUUCCGAAGGGGGUGGUUUCGUAUGGCUCAGACAAUGAGAUCUCUCUUAUGAAGAAGGUCUUUGUAAAUGUGCACAUGCUCUGCAAGGCCCGCAACCCGCACAAAGAAAUCAUUAUGGUUGCGGGUGUCGAGGAAGGCCGCAAGUGCCGAGUAUUCUAUAAGGAGGAUGGUUGUGUCUUCUGGAAGGACACCGAGGAAAGGCUUGUGAACGACUGCAUUCGGGACCUGCUCGAAAAGUUGGAAAACGAGUAG